UUACUCUCUAUCUCUAUCACUAUCUCUGCGAGCCUACUCUGCAGAGUCAGCCGUGCCGGUGCGUGGAAGCCUCUGGGACGUACAGCUUAACAAUGAGGAAGGAGUCCAGGUUAAUGUGGUGGAUCAAGUGGAGUGUGAUUGUGACGGGUUUGUUGUUGCUGGGCUUCAUCAUAGGCUGGGUUGCAAAGCCAACACAACCAAACACUUCAAACAAAAGUACUUCCAGCAAAUAUCUGAAGGAGUUACUGGAGGGAAUGAAGCCGGACCAGAUCAGACAACACCUCAGGAAAUUUACACGACUCCCCCACCUGGCUGGUACAGAGCAAAAUCUAAGAUACGCAGAGCAGAUCAGGAAAGAGUGGCUGGAGUUUGGACUGGACACGGUGGAGAUGGUGCCCUAUGAUGUGCUGUUGUCCUAUCCCAACAAAUCACAGCCGAAUUACAUCUCGAUAGUUGAUGAGUUUGGCAGUGAGGUUUUUAACACUUCCUUGGCUGAGCCAGUUCCAGAGGGUUAUGAAGAUGUUUCUAACAUUGUGCCUCCAUACAGUGCCUUCUCUGCCAAAGGACAACCCGAGGGGGAUUUGGUGUAUGUGAACUAUGGUCGAACAGAAGACUUUUUCCAGUUACAGAAGGAGAUGAACAUCAGUGUUACUGGGAAGAUUGUCAUUGUCCGAUAUGGAAAAAUAUUCAGAGGCAAUAAGGUGAAAAACGCCAUGUUAGCUGGAGCAAAGGGGAUCAUUAUGUUCUCCGACCCAGCAGAUUACUGUGCUGCUGGAGUCCAGUCCUACCCUGAUGGCUGGAACCUACCCGGCGGAGGAGCUCAGAGAGGAAAUGUUCUCAACCUGAAUGGAGCAGGAGACCCACUCACACCCGGGUACCCCGCUAAGGAAUAUACCUACAGAUUGAGCCUUGAGGACGGAGUGGGUCUUCCCAAGAUUCCUGUACAUCCAAUUGGCUACCAUGAUGCAUUUCACCUGCUGAAGAACAUGGGAGGACAGAUUCCACCCAACAACUGGAAAGGAACUCUUGAUGUCUCCUACAGGAUUGGUCCAGGCUUUACGGAUGACUUCAAGAGCCAGAAGGUGCGUAUGAACAUCCACACUAACAACCAGAUAACCCGGAUCUACAACGUCAUUGGCAGGAUUAGAGGAGCUCUGGAGCCAGACAGGUAUGUAAUUCUGGGAGGGCACCGGGAUGCCUGGGUGUUUGGAGGGAUUGAUCCCAUGUCUGGUGCUGCCGUGGUCCACGAAGCAGUCAGGAGCUUUGGCUUGCUGCUUAGUAAAGGCUGGAGGCCUAGGAGGACUUUGAUAUUUGCCAGCUGGGAUGCAGAGGAGUUUGGACUGCAGGGAUCUACAGAAUGGGCAGAGGAUAACGCCAAGCUGCUGCAGGAGAGAGCUGUGGCCUACGUCAACGCCGACUCUGCCAUUGAGGGCAUGUACACGCUGAGGGUUGACUGCACUCCAUCGCUACACACUUUGGUGUACGACCUCACUAAGCAGAUAGCCAGUCCAGAAGAAGGAGAGGAGGGAGUUUCUCUGUAUGAGAGUUGGCACAAGAGGGACAACUGGACAGAUGACCGUGAUGCACCCAGGAUCAGUAAACUCGGGUCGGGCAGUGAUUUUGAGGCCUAUUUCAUCCGUCUGGGAAUUGCUGCAGCCAGAGCCAGAUACACCAAGAACAAGAAAACAGAGCGGUACAGCAGCUAUCCAGUCUAUCACAGUGUGUAUGAAACCUUUGAGAUAGUGGAGAAGUUUUACGACCCCACCUUCAAGAGGCUUCGGGCGGUGGCCCAGGUGAGAGGUGGGCUUGUCUUCCAAUUGGCCGAUUCCCAGCUGCUCCCUCUCGACGUCAACCAGUAUGCAGACUCACUGGUGAAGUACGCACAGAGCAUCGCACAGCUGGCACAGACGCACCCAGAGGAGAUGAAGAUGUACGAGGUGUCGUUUGAUUCCUUGUUUUCGGCUGCGGAAAACUUCAGCGUUGCAGCCAGGGACUUCCAUGAGCGCCUGCAGACUCUCAACAGAGCAGAUCCUCUGCAGGUACGUGUCAUGAAUGAUCAGCUCAUGUAUCUGGAGAGAGCCUUCAUUGACCCCCUGGGCUUACCUGGCAGACCCUUCUACAGGCAUGUGAUUUUUGCUCCCAGCAGCCAUAAUAAAUAUGCAGGGGUGUCUUUCCCUGGAAUCUAUGAUGCAUUGUUUGACAUCAAGAACUCAGCUGAUCCGGAGAAGGCCUGGGACGAAGUCAAGCAUCAAAUCAGCAUCGCAGCAUUCACCGUUCAUGCUGCUGCCAUGACAUUAACACCACCUGCAUGAAGCAGGCACAAACAGUCUAAAGCCAUGUGACUGAGCCAUCUAUUGAUAAUUAUGUUGUAUAACGACAGAAUGUGAAGAGAGGGAAUACAAACACACACACACACACACACACAGAUGGACAAUCCCUGUCAUGUUUCAAGAUCGUCCAGAGCUCAGUGAUACAGUGAAUAUCUGGGGGCCAUUACCAGAAUACAACUUUAUCAUUUUUAAUGUGAAUAAAAUAAUAAUGUAUGUUUCAGUAUUUUUUUUCAGUAAUUUUUUAAAUAAUAGUCUCAGUCUACAAGGGAGCCAAAUGAAAUAAAUCUAUUCUUCGUAUGUGGGCAAAAAAACAACUGAAAUCAUGUCCAUGUUGGUCUGAGAAAAAUCAACGACCCUGUUUUAUUUACAUCCAUGUUGAUAUUUGUUGUUAUAAAUCGCUUCCUUUAAUUUCUUUAAAGGUUUUCUAAACAAUAUUCACAAGAGCAAUGUCCUCAUGUGGCAAGUAAGCUGAACAGUUGAAGAUGAAGCUGGGCUCUUUUGCUAGCACACAGCUCUACUUUUAAAAACACAACUACAGUGGAUUUGUUUUGAAGAUGUUAGUAUUUUUUUUUUACUUGUUUUUAUUAACAUUUAGCAAUAUACAUAAUCCACUAAACAGAUGUGUCAAACCUGUUGUCUAAGUGCUGCAGCUCUGUUUCUUGUGAUUCUUCAUUUUUUUUUGUUGAUUUUUCAAUUUCAGGAUUAAAACAUUAACUUUAUUUCGUGGUUUAUGAGGAGAGGCCAGUAAAGACCAUACAUUUGCCACAGUGGUUUUAGUUUUAUACCACCAUAGGAGGGUGCCAGAGUCAGAACUUUUCAAACACAUGGUGGCUUUAAAUCUCCUCUUAAACCGUUCUUUUAUCUAAGAACUUGGUUUAACUGUUACUAAAAGGUAAGAUAUUCACUUACGUCCUAUUAACGGGUUCUUUAUCUUCCUCAAACACAACACUGGGCACCUGAAACUACCAGAGACAUUCACCAGAGUUAUAUGGACAUGUAAAGGGGUGCAUGUAUGUGAGAGGAUAUGUGAGAGAGGUGGUGUGUGUCUAUCUGCUGUGUGGACUAGUGCCCAUAUAAACAUAAUGAGCCAGCAUGUUUCUCUCAGUUAGCACUACAUUACUGUGGGAAUGAAGAAAAUGUAUUUAAAGUGACUGAAUAACAGUUGAAUGAGCCAGUUAAAUAUUGGGUAACAAUUUAAAAAGAUUACAAUUAAUUAUGUAAAAGUAAAAUGUGAUAACUAUAUUCAAUGUGUUGAAAGAUGUUUUCAUGGAA